GACGCGAUUCCUGUGCGCAUUCACGUUUUAUUUCUUUCCGGUUUCGUCGUUGGGAAGGUUAGUCCGGUUCUCGUCAUCCUCCGCUUGAUAAAAUGACAUCGAAGGUCUCCCGCGACACUCUUUAUGAGUGCGUAAAUGCCGUGCUCCAACAUUCGCAAGACAAGAAGAGAAACUUCUUGGAAACAAUAGAGCUCCAGAUCGGUUUGAAGAACUAUGAUCCACAGAAGGAUAAGCGUUUCUCAGGCACUGUCAAGUUAAAGAAUAUUCCUAGACCAAAAAUGCAAGUAUGCGUUCUUGGCGAUCAACAGCAUUGUGAUGAAGCUAAGGCUAAUAAUAUUCCAUAUAUGGAUGCAGAAGCAUUGAAAAAACUUAAUAAGAAUAAGAAACUUGUCAAGAAACUCGCAAAGAAAUAUGAUGCAUUCUUGGCUAGUGAAUCAUUGAUCAAGCAAAUUCCUCGUCUUCUUGGUCCCGGUUUGAACAAGGCUGGUAAAUUCCCUGGAUUGUUGUCUCAUCAAGAAUCGAUGGUUGGUAAAAUUGAUGAAGUCAAAGCCACUAUUAAGUUCCAGAUGAAAAAGGUGUUGUGUCUGUCAGUAGCCGUCGGACAUGUUGAUAUGACACCCGAUGAGUUAGUACAAAAUGUUCAUCUCUCGAUAAAUUUCCUCGUUUCUCUGUUGAAAAAACAUUGGCAGAAUGUGCGUUCUCUUCAUAUUAAAUCUACCAUGGGACCACCACAGAGAUUGUACUAAAUCGCACUUGAUACUGUACAUUUUGAAUGUACAUUUGUUGCAAUAAAAAUAAAAAACAAAUUUAUCAAUUGUUUA